UAACAUUUAUUUUUCUAUUACGUGGUUUGAAUUAAAUUGUUAGAUUCUUUUAUUCUUUUUUCGGUUGAGUCUGAUGAUGAUUUAAAAAAAAAUUACUUUUUUGUAAGCAGGUUGAUUUUGACAUAAAUGGAAACACCUAUUUAUGAUUCGGAUUCCAAUAGCUCAUCAUCUAGCGAAGAGUCACUUACAACAUUGAAACAAAUGCUCGAUGGCUCAAGGAUGGAUGAUGUCGUUUAUGACCAAAUGAAUAUUGAUGUAGUUGAAACAUGUGUGGUUCGUAUCCCAAUGAUAUUGUCUUCUACGUUAAUAAGUAACAAAGGUCAUCAUGGCGGCUCAACAAUUGGUAGGCGGUAUAUACAUCGUGAUAGGAAAGAGCGUCAUGAUCUAAUUGUUAAUGAUUAUUUCAAUGGCGCGAAUUCAAAGUAUACACCAGAGAAAUUUCGUCGCCGGUUUCGGAUGGACAUUGAAUUAUUCCAGCGAAUUUUGGGAGCAAUUGAGAACCAUGAUGAUUAUUUUACACAAAAGGUUGAUGCGGUUGGAAAACCUGGGUUGAGUCCUUUACAAAAAAUAUUGGCUUCAAUGCGUAUGUUAGCAUAUGGUUGUGCAGCAGAUAUUCUAGAUGAGUAUGUCCAAAUUGGAGAGAGUACAACAAUUGAGAGUUUGAAACGAUUUUGUGAUGCUAUAAUUGAUAUUUUUGAAAAGCAAUAUCUACGAAAACCAGACAAAGAUGAUGUUGCACGACUUUUGAAAGAGGGAGAGGACCGAGGGUUUCCAGGUAUGCUUGGUAGUAUAGAUUGUAUGCAUUGGCAUUGGAAAAAUUGUCCAACAGCUUGGCAUGGGACACAUACUAACGGUUUUAAAAGAGUUCCGACUCUUAUUUUGGAGAUUGUAGCUUCUAAGAAUUUAUGGAUUUGGCAUGCAUUUUUUGGAAUGGCCGGUACAAAUAAUGAUGUUACUGUUUUAGAUAGAUCUCCUUUAUUUGAUGACCUAGUUAAUGAUAAAGCCCCGACGUGCAGUUACGUGGUAAAUGGUCAUUCUUAUAAUAUGGCGUACUAUCUAUCAGAUGGAAUUUAUCCGCAAUAUGCCACUUUAAUCCAAACAAUCUCAAAUCUCUCUUCUUUGAAGGAGAAACUAUUUGCAAGGCAUCAAGAAUCUGUGAGAAAAGAUGUAGAACGAGCAUUCGGAGUAUUGCAAAGUCGGUGGCAUAUUGUCAAAGGUCCGGGACGUAUGUGGAAUCCAAACGAUUUGGGAAAGAUUAUGAAAGCGUGUAUCAUUUUACAUAACAUGGUUGUUGAAAGCGAGAUUAGUCAAGGCCUUGAUCCUCAAAGUUGGCAACCCGAGGGAGAUGAUACAAGUGAUGAUGUUAUUCCAGAACACGAUUUCGCCUUUCUUUUUUCAAAGAUGAAUACUCGAAUGAAGGAGAUACAAAAUAAAAGAGUGCAUAGAGAAUUGAAGAAUGAUCUCAUAAAUCAUUUGUGGGAGUUACAUGGUGGCCAACAAGUUGAUUGAUCUUUUAUUAUUAUGGCCUCAUAUAUUGUAUUUCACCUACUCUCAAGGCCAACAAUGAUUUUAUAGUCGGAUAUUCUUUAAUAUGGUUCUUGGGCAUUAAUU